AGUUCCCCUGCGCUCCUUUCCCUUUUUUUCUCGUGGUUUCUACAAAAGAAGCGUCUUUCCCUCGUCCCUCACUCCCCACUCUUCUUUCUUUUCUUUUCUCUCCCCCUUCCCUUCGCUCUCCAUCCUCCCAAAUACCUCAUCCGAUUCUUCGUUUUCAUUUCCUUUCUUUUUUCCUUUUUUUUUUUUCGCUUACUCCUCCACUUGGCGAAAAAUAAAAACAUCAAAACACUUUCGGGAUCCCAUCUCUUUCGACACCAUGGAGGCCAUUCUCGACUUCAACCGCGAUCUGGACAUUGACUUGCUUGAUCGCGUUGUCCAGACAUUCUUCUCUGGCACUGGACCAGACCACAAACUCGCGCAGCAGGUCUUGACUCAGUUCCAGGAACAUCCCGAUGCUUGGAGGAGAGUCGAUGCGAUUCUGGACAACUCAAAGGUUUCCCAGACCAAGUUCUUGGCUCUGGCAAUCUUGGAAAAAUUGGUUCAGACGCGGUGGAAGCUGUUACCACCAGAACAAUGCCAAGGCAUUCGUAACUACACUGUGGGACUGAUCGUCAAGUUAUCCUCAGAUGAGGCAACGCUUAUUCGUGAGAGGACGCUAAUCAACAAACUGAACAUGGUUCUUGUCCAGAUCUUGAAGCAGGAAUGGCCUCAUGCCUGGCCUGGCUUCAUUCCUGAGAUCGUUGUGUCCAGUAAAUCCAACCUGUCUUUGUGUGAAAACAACAUGGUGAUUCUUAAGCUGCUGAGCGAGGAGAUUUUCGAUUAUUCUGCAGAGCAAAUGACCCAGGUCAAAACGAAAAACCUGAAGAACUCGAUGUGUGGAGAAUUCUCUGAAAUCUUCCAGCUUUGCAGUGAAGUCUUGGAGAAGGCCAACAAGCCCAGCUUGAUCAAGGCGACAUUGAACACACUCCUUCGCUUCCUCAACUGGAUCCCACUUGGAUACAUUUUCGAGACAAACAUCGUGGCAAACCUCCGCUCGAGAUUUCUGGACGUUCCAGUGUUCCGAAAUGUUACUCUGAAAUGCCUUACGGAGAUUGGAUCGCUAUCGGUUGCCGCUGACUACAACGACAAGUUUGUUGUUCUCUUCAAUAUGGUGAUGACUUCAGUCGCUAAGACCGUUCCAAUUGACGGAGAUAUCGCACAGAUGUACGAGGAUGCAGGAGAUGAUGAUCAGCAAUACAUCCAGAACUUGGCACUGUUCCUUACCGGAUUUCUUGGAGUACAUCUCAAGCUUGUCGAGAAUUCCCAGAACAGGGAAGUGCUCCUCGUUGCCCAUCAGUACCUGCUUAAGAUUUCACAGGUGGAUGAGCGCGAGAUUUUCAAAAUUUGCUUGGAAUACUGGACCAAGCUGGUGGCAGAGCUCUACGAAGAGAUUCAGCAGCUGCCUGUCAUGGAGCUUCCAUUGUUGAACCUCGGCGCCGGCGGCAUGAUGCAAUCGGCCGCAGGAAAUGUUGCUCUUCGCAAGAACUUUUACACCGAAAUCCUCGCUCGCCUUCGCGUCGUUAUGAUUGAGAGAAUGGUCAAGCCUGAGGAGGUAUUAAUUGUGGAGAACGACGAAGGAGAGAUUGUUCGCGAGGUGAUGAAGGAGAGUGACACAAUCACGUUGUACAAGAGCAUGCGCGAGGUUCUUGUGUAUCUGACGCAUUUGGACUGCGUAAACACGGAGCAGAUCAUGUCCGACAAGUUGACAAAGCAGGUCGAUGGUUCCGAAUGGUCCUGGGCUAACCUUAACAAGCUGUGCUGGGCCAUUGGUUCUAUCUCGGGUGCCAUGAAUGAGGAUGCUGAGAAGCGGUUCUUGGUUACCGUCAUCAAGGAGCUCUUGGGACUGUGCGAAAUGAAGCGUGGCAAGGAUAACAAGGCAGUCGUUGCUUCAAAUAUCAUGUACAUUGUUGGGCAAUAUCCACGCUUCUUGAAAGCGCACUGGAAGUUCUUAAAGACGGUGGUAAAUAAGCUGUUCGAGUUUAUGCACGAGACCCACGAUGGUGUUCAGGACAUGGCCUGCGACACAUUUAUCAAGAUCUCACAAAAGUGCAGGCGCCACUUUGUCCUGCAACAAUCUCAAGAGGUCAUGCCCUUCAUUGACGAGAUCCUCAACACUCUGGACAAGAUUACAAGCGACCUCUCUCCAGCUCAGAUUCACACAUUCUACGAGGCCAUCGGAUACAUGAUCUCAGCACAACCCAACCGUGCAGCACAGGAACGCUUGAUUGCCAAGGCGAUGCAAUCCCCUAACCAAUAUUGGGACAACAUCAUGCAGCAAGCGAACCAGAGUCUGCAAAACCUCGACAACACCGAGAACUUGAAGGUUCUAGCCAGCGUUUUGAAGACGAACGUUGCUGCGUGCGGUUCUAUCGGAGCAGGAUACUUUUCACAGCUCGGACGCAUUUACCUGGAUUUGUUGGGUGUGUAUAAGGCAGUGAGCCAAUUGAUCUCUGAAAGCGUGGUCAAGCAGGGGCCUGUUGCGCUCCGUACCCCUCGUGUCCGUCAGAUGCGCACAGUGAAGAAGGAGAUCCUUCGUCUCAUCGAGACCUAUGUCAACAAGGCUGAUGACCUAACCGAAGUGACUCAGAAGAUCAUCCCCGGAGUCCUCGAAGCCGUGUUGGGAGACUACCAGCGUAAUGUCGAACCCGCACGCGAUGCUGAGGUUCUCAGCGUGAUGAGCACGAUUGUCACUAAGCUUGGAUCUCUGUUGAACGACAAGAUUCCAUUAAUCCUGGAGUCAGUGUUUGAUGUGACUCUGAACAUGAUCAACAAGGACUUUGCCGAAUACCCAGAUCACCGUGUUGGAUUCUUCAAGCUGGUGCGUGCGAUCAGCCAAAGCUGUUUCCCAGCUCUUAUGAAACUCCCUCCUGCGCAGCUUCGUUUGAUCAUGGAUAGUGUGGUUUGGGCUUUCAAGCACACGAUGCGUGAUAUUGCCGAUAUGGGAUUGUCGAUUUGCCUGGAUAUCAUCAACAACUUCACAGCCAGCGACCCAGUUAUUGCCAACCAGUUUUACCAAGCCUACUUCUUGAACCUCCUCAACGACAUUUUCUUUGUCCUGACAGACAACAACCAUAAGAGUGGCUUCAAGUUCCAAAGCCAACUUUUAGCGCGCAUGUUCUUCUUGGUUGAGUCGGGGGCUGUUCAGGCACCGUUGUUUACUCCUGCUCAAGUGACUGAUCCUAACAUGACGAACGGCCAAUUCUUACGGGAAUACAUGAUGAACUUGCUUCAAAACGCCUUCCCUCACCUGCAGCCAUCUCAAAUCCGGACAUUUACAUUAGCAUUGUUUGAGACGAACCGGGAUGCGAACAGGUUCAAGCUCCAUUUGCGCGACUUCUUGAUCCAGCUGACAGAAUUUGGGGCAUCGGAGAACGAGCGAAACGAGUUGUUUUUGGACGAACGUGAGGCAGAACAGGAGACGAAGCGCAAGAUGGAGAGGGAAGCGGCGCUUAGGAUCCCAGGUUUGGUCAAGCCUUCGGAGUUGCCUACAAUGGACGAGGAUGAUUAAUCAACAAACUGCCAAUCUUUACAGUAAACGAUGGCAGCAUCCAUGCGCGCAGGGUGUAGAGGGACUAUCAAACCCUUAUGGAGGUUUAUAUUGGCGAAUGUUACAAAAAUAUAAAAACAACUGUACCUAUUCUUUUUCUUCAAACAUACAACCAUUGCACGCAAGUUUUCUUUUUUUUUUUUUUCUUUAUU